AAGAGGUGAGGCUGCACAACAGUUGGACUCUCUAUGGAUAAAAGAGACACAACGGUGCUGAACUGUCCAAGACUUUAAAGAAAAUGUUUGACUGACAGCUCACAGAGCUAUGGACUUGGAGAAGUCAUCAAACAGCUCCUGGGAGAACUCUUCAUCACCCUUCAUUCCCACCCCUCCAUUCUCUGCCCCUUCCUUCUCCGGCCUGGAUCUCCUGUACGAACUGAAACUCGUCUUCCUACCUCUCUACUCAACCGUGGUCUUGGUCGCCUGCUCCGGUAACCUCCUCCUGCUCUUCCUCAUCUGGCACAACAAGAAAAGACACAACACCACAAACUUCCUCAUCAGCAACCUGGCGCUUGUUGACCUGGUCAUGUGCGUCUUUUGUGUCCCUCUGACAGCGUCAUACGCCUUCGACAGGCGUGGAUGGGUGUUUGGAGGCCGCAUGUGUCAUUUUGUGACUGUCAUGCAGUCUGCGGCGGUCUAUGCAGCCGUCCUGUCCCUCAUGGCCAUUGCAGUGGAUCGGUACGUGGUUGUGGCUUAUCCAAUCCGCAAAAGAGCGGGGUGUCACUUCUGUUUGGGUCUGGUGCUCUUGAUCUGGCUCUCCUCUCUGGCUUUGUCCACACCUACAGCUCUUCACAUCGUAUACCUGGACCUGAGGACAGCAGGGUUGCAGAUGGCCGUGUGUGAGGAGUUCUGGGAUGGCGAGGAGCAAGGCCGCGUCAUCUACUCCUGUUUCCUUCUCUUCUUCUCCUACUUUGUCCCACUGGCUGCCGUCUCCAUCUCCUACUGUGCUAUAUCCUUUCAGCUGAAACAGAGGACCGCCUCAGGUUUAACAGCGUGUCCAGAGCUCAGAUCAGCUAGGUCUUUGUGGAGCAGGCGGAGGAGGAAAACCUUCCUCCUGCUGCUGGUCUCCGUCCUCGGUUUCGCCUUCUCCUGGCUCCCCUUACAGGUGGUGAAUCUCAUCCGUGACCUGGACACAGACUUCUCCAUCUUGGGUAAAAAUUACGUGAACAUCAUCCAGGUGUCAAGUCACCUGUUGGCCAUGAGCUCUGCCUGCUACAACCCUUUUAUUUAUGCCUCGCUGCAUGAAAAGUGCUUGUCCUGCCUGUGUAACCACUUCAUGUCCCGGCGGAGAAGCAAAGGAAAGGACAGGGGUCAAGGGUCAAGCGUUCUGACGAUGUCUCACAGAGUGCAGCGCCUUCACACCUCUACCUUUGUGACAGAUUUGCCAGGAGGUGUUACAAAUAACUUAGGUCCUCAAGAUAACUACGAUUAGAAAGUGUGUUUUUACGGGCGACUGUGGCUCAGUUGGUAGUCGGUUGUCUCUCAACUGGAAGGUCGGGGGUUCAAUCCCCAGCUCCUGCAACCACAUGUCUGAAGUGUCCUGUGCAAGACGCUUAACCUGAAGUUGCUCCUGCUGCUUCAUCAGCGGCGUAUGAAUGUGUACAGAUGAGAUGAGUUACUUCUGAUGAUCACUACACAGAAACCUGUGUCAUCAGUGUAUGAAUAGGUGUGACCUGCAGUGAAAAAGCACUUUUGAGUAGUCAGAACACAA